AAACGCAAGAAGAUCCUUCCUGGAAACAGGAACGAUUAAAUGGCAGUCAGCACUAUCAACAUGGCACCCUACUUCACUGGUUAUCCUUUCCAAGGACAGGGUCGGGUGAACCAACUGGGCGGUGUGUUCAUCAACGGUCGUCCAUUACCGAACCAUAUCCGUUUGAAGAUCGUCGAGAUGGCAGCGGCCGGCGUCAGGCCGUGCGUCAUAUCGCGGCAGCUCAGGGUCUCGCACGGCUGCGUCUCGAAGAUCCUGAAUCGAUAUCAGGAAACAGGAUCGAUCAGACCCGGCGUAAUCGGCGGUAGUAAGCCGCGAGUUGCCACGCCGGAAGUCGAGGCGAGGAUCGAGGACCUUAGGCGGCAGAACCCUGGGAUCUUCAGCUGGGAGAUACGCGAGAAAUUGAUAAAGCAGGACGGAGUCUGCGACAAAGCCUCUGCGCCUUCCGUGUCCAGCAUCACCAGACUUCUUCGUGGACCAGCCAACCAGACGCGUCCCGGCGACGAUCUACGUAGAAAUCACUCCAUCGAUGGCAUUCUUGGCAGUAGCGGCGACGAUUCGGAGACGGAAAGCGAACCUGGCAUUGCGCUCAAGAGAAAACAGCGCAGAAGCCGGACCACCUUUACUGGCGAACAACUGGAGCAACUGGAAGCGGCUUUUCAUCGAACGCAGUAUCCUGAUGUGUACACCAGAGAGGAACUCGCGCAAAAAACGAAGUUAACGGAAGCGCGAGUGCAGGUUUGGUUCAGCAACAGGCGCGCCAGGCUCCGCAAACAGCUCAACAGCCAACAACUGAACGCCUUCAACAUGAGCCUACCCUUCCAGACCCAGCACUACGGCAACGGUGCUGAGAGCUAUCAAAGCUACGGGCAGGCGAGUGUUGCUGCAGCAACCACCGCCAGCUAUUCUCAGCAUUACAACUACGGGGAGAACUAUUACGCGGCACAGCAGCAAUGGCCGCGGGCAACUCCGGACAAUUACGGAUUGUUCAACGCCUCCCAUUACGGCAGCAGCAACCUUGCCUCCAAUCUGACUUCCACCAAUCUCAAUCUGGGCAGUCUGGGGGGCAGCGUCAGCCCGACCGGGUCCAACAUGAGCGCCUGCAUGGUGCAAGGUGGUGCAUCCUCCUCCGGAGUGUCAGUCUCGACGGGGAUGGCACCCCACGUGACUCCGCACAGCCCCAGCGAGGCGAAGAGCGGAUAUCCGUAUUUGGGCAGCAUCGAUUCUCAGGUUUGCGGAAGAGUUCACUGAAUUUAACUUUAAACGAUCG